UGCAAACACAUGGGUGACUGCCAUUGUCGUCCUCAAUCAUGGACGCUUUGCCCCAUACCUUUUUGUUGGCUUCGUUUGUGUUUUUCAUUCAUCAAACUACUUCCCAGCUGGUUGUCAAUGUCAAAAAUCGCGGAGGAGAUGUCGUGAUUGAAACUAUUCAAGCUAACACUUCAAAUGACGUCGUUCAACUUGAGUUUCAGAACACAGACGGCACGAUUGUGCACCAGCUCAUAGACUACAAAUCCGAGGCACAGAUUUUCCGAGCCCAUGUUUUGUGGGAAGAGGAGCAAGGGUUUUCUCAGUACAAGCCACAAGUUCUAUGUUUUGUUACCCGAUUUAACAAGAAUGAGUUUAUAUCGGCUGAUGCUAUGUCCAAACUCCGACAGAAAAACCCAACAGCCAUCCGUCAGCCAGAGGAAGAGCGGCCGCCAGAGUUACACACGAUGGACACUCAGGUUUUCCAAGACCGUGGGGGUCUUAUCUCCCCAUACCUCACCAAUACCUGUAGUGACUCUGGUGACACCAUAUACACCAAGGAAAGUGACAUCAGACUGUGGGCUAGAGCCCCAGGGAGAGAUGGACUUAUGGGCACUGUCCAGCGACUUUACCCGACCAAAUACCAGCACUGCCACCAGGUCGAGGACGUCACCAAGCCGUGUUUGUGUACAUAUAGCCUCACUGUGGGCUGGUAUCCGUGUGGUCUGAAAUACUGUCGUGGAAAGGAUUCCACUGGCAAAUAUGUCAGCUACCGAUGUGGUAUUAAAACCUGCAAACGACAUCUGUCCUUUGACUUUGUAUCUAAGCAGAAAAUGUUUUGUAUGUGGGAUGAGACCUGAUUCUUGUGUGGUUAAAUGAUGGGCUAUUAAAUGUCAUAUAGACUGGGCCAGGUGAAGUCACUCACAAACUUUAUAACUGUUACAAAUGACUCACCAACACAAUGGUGUUCAUCAUGUUGCACACAAGUAUGUAGAUACUGCUGCAUAUAUGCAAGUAGAGGGUGUGUAACAGUGUAUACUGUAUUGAUGUAUGUUAUGUAGGAUUAUAACAGGGACCAUCAAUACAUACAAGUUAGUCCAGUGUCAUCCGACUAAACGUCAUACAGGGAAGGCUUUAUCACAUUAAGUUAUACAAAUAUAAAUCACAGGUGCUCUUAGACUAGUCUUGUAUGGUUGUAACUAUAUAUACACCUCACAGUCUUUUUAAAAAAGACACGUGUGUGUAGGCCUUUGUGUAUCAGGAUAUGAGCACACAAUGUGUGUAAGCUUUGGGUGUUAGAUGAGUGUACAAAAUGUGUAAACAUAUGUUUCUCUGGAUGAGUGCAAAUAUUGGUGUCUCUGGAUGAGUGCAAACAUUGGUCUCUGGAUGAGUGUACACAAUAUGUAAACGUUAGUGUCUCUUGAUGAGUGUACACAAAGUGUAAAAAUUGGUGUGUCUGGAUGAGUAUACACAAAGUGUAAACGUUAGUGUCUCUGGAUGAGUGUACACAAUGUGUAAAUGUUGGUGUCUCUGGAUGAGUGUACACAAUGUGUAAAUGUUGGUGUCUCUGGAUGAGUGUACACAAUGUGUAAAUGUUGGUGUCUGGAUGAGUGUACACAAUGUGUAAAUGUUGGUGUCUCUGGAUGAAUGUACACAAUGUGUAAACGUUAGUGUCUCUGGAUGAGCGUACACAAUUUGUAAACACUGGUGUCUGGAUGAGUGUACACAAUAUGUAAAUAUUAGUGUCUGGGUCAGUGUACACAGUGUGUAGACGUUGGUGUCUGGGUCAGUGUACACAAUGUGUAAACAUUGGUGUCUCUGGAUGAGUGUACACAAUAUGUAAACAUUGGUGUCUGGAUGACCGUACACAAUGUGUAAAUGUUAGUGUCUGGAUGAGUGUACACAAUGUGUAAAUGUUAGUGUCUGGAUGAGUGUACACAAUGUGUAAACGUUGGUGUCUGGAUGAGUGUACACAAUGUGUAAACAUUGGUGUCUGGAUGAGUGUACACAAUAUGUAAACAUUGGUGUCUGGGUCAGUGUACACAGUGUGUAAACAUUGGUGUCUCUGGAUGACCGUACGCAAUGUGUAAACGUUGGUGUCUGGAUGAGUGUACACAAUGUGUAAACAUUGGUGUCUGGAUGAGUGUACACAAUGUGUAAACGUUGGUGUCUGGAUGAGUGUACACAAUGUGUAAACAUUGGUGUCUGGAUGACCGUACACAAUGUGUAAAUGUUAGUGUCUGGGUCUGUGUACACAAUGUGUAAACAUUGGUGUCUGGGUCAGUGUACACAAUGUGUAAACAUUGGUGUCUCUGGAUGAGUGUACACAAUGUGUUAACAUUAGUGUCUGGAUGAGUGUACACAAUGUGUAAACGUUGGUGUCUGGAUGAGUGUACACAAUGUGUAAACGUUGGUGUCUGAAUGAGUGUACACAAAGUGUAAACAUUGGUGUCUGGAUGAGUGUACACUGUGUAAUAGAGUGUAUUAUAAGAGUGUAUACAACACGUGUGUGUAUGAGUGUAUAAAAUAUGAACCAUGUACUUUUUUAUCAGAGAGUCAGGUAUGAUAAUUAGAUAUCAUUUCUACAGUGCUUUCAUUAGUGAGUAUAACUUUAUAUUGUGUUGUUUAUAAUAUCGGGAUCUUCAGAAUCCAUUUUUACACGUGUUGUGUUAUAUGCUAUUGUUUAAAGCUUUAACUGUACUAUGUACUAAAUUUACGAUUUUAUCAAAUUUUAUCCAAGUAACACAUGUAUAUUAUCAAAAGAAUCAUCAAAACUGAUUAUGCUGUUUAUAACUGUGUCUAGCAGUCUCUCCUGUACAUGUGCUGUAGCUAAUAUGUUGCUGCCCGAGGAUAGCUAGUGCAGUCUAUAAAUCUACAGAAUGAUGUCAAUGUAUUCUGUACAUUGUCAUUUUAAUGUUUUAGUUUUGUUACAUUAUAAUUAUAGAACUUUAUAUCAUGAUAUCUCGAUUAUAUGCAUGAAUAAAAUUUUGAACAAAA